GACACCUCCUGCGCGAGCCAGUCCGACGUUACCUCUGCAGAGGAAAACGCGAUGGACCCGUAAACACGCGCACACAUUUCUUUUAUCUCUAUCGUUGUUGUUUGUUUCCGCCUCCUCUCCGCCGCGGUGAACGACGUUCGCGCGUAAAACCCCGCCGCUUUCUCCCGCAUUCAUUCGAGGCGUAAACAGGGCGGCGCAGCGAUGUGGAUCCAGGUUCGUACUAUAGACGGGAAGGAGACGCGAACCGUGGAGGAUCUGUCGAGGCUGACCAGAAUUGAGUCUCUACGGCUGAAAAUACAGGACAUCUUCAACGUGGGCCCGCAGCAGCAGCGCCUCUUCUACCGAGGGAAGCAGAUGGAAGAUGGCCAAACACUGUUUGAUUACAACGUUGGCCUCAACGACAUCGUCCAGUUGCUGAUUCGCUCUCAGACCGACCCUCCAGACAGCCCCGUCGCCAAGGACUUCUCGGGCGUCGCCUGCAGCUCAGCACCCCCGCCCGACUCCCGGUCUGAAAGCCAUAACUCCCCAGCUCCCGCCCCCCCUGCCGAUAUGGAAACCAACACCAACAAAGACAAUGACGGCGGCAGCAGCAUCACUACCAGCAUCAUUAAGGAAACCAAGCCGGACACCAGCGUCACCAGUAACUCAACCAGUAGUACCAAAAAUGGCUUCAAGUCCUCCAGUCCAGUACGGGACACCCAGCCCCCUACAUCCAGCAGAAAUGCACUCGUUGACCCAGGAUUUGGUGUGUACAAGAUUAACGAGCUGGUGGACUGCAGAGACGUCAGCAUCGGCGCCUGGUUUGAGGCCUGCAUCGAAAAUGUGACAGAGGCUCCCAAAGGACAGAUAACGCCCCCCAAGGGCAAGGUGGGCCGGCCCCCAAAAAGGACUAACGGAAAGCUGGAGGCCGAGCAGGCACCGGCCCCCGGCCAGGACCAAAACAUAGACAGUAACAGGAAUAAUGUUGUGUUCGCCUCGGAGAGCAACGGAGCCUCCACCUCUCAGACAGACUCUGCUGCAGAGAGCAAGGAGAGAGAAGAGGACAUCAUUUAUCACAUUAAAUACGAUGACUACCCGGAGAAUGGCGUGGUGGCGAUGCGACUGCGGGACGUGCGGCCACGCGCCAGGACCCUGCUGCGGUGGGACCAGCUUCAGGUGGGCAUGCAUGUGAUGGUCAACUACAAUAUGGAGACGCCAGAUGAGAGGGGCUUCUGGUUCGACGCCGAGAUUCAAACGCUCAACCAGGCCUCUCGCACCAACAAGGAGCUCCGAGUCAAGAUCCUCCUCGGUGGUCCCGGAGAUGUGAUUGGGGAUUGUAAGGUUCAGUUUCUGGAUGAAAUCUACCAGAUGGAGAAACCAGGAGCUUGCGCACUCUCAGCUGCAGAUGGACAAUUUAAACGGAAGAGCGGACCAGAGUGCAAGCACUGCAAGGCCGACCCCGAGGCCGAGUGCCGCUUCUGCUCCUGCUGCGUGUGCGGCGGCAAGCAGGACGCUCACAUGCAGCUGCUGUGCGACGAGUGCAACAUGGCGUUUCACAUCUACUGCCUCAACCCGCCGCUGGCCACCAUCCCAGACGACGAGGACUGGUACUGUCCCACCUGUAAGAAUGACACCAGCGAGGUGGUGAAAGCCGGAGAGAAGCUCAAAGCCAGCAAGAAGAAAGCCAAGAUGCCUUCGGCGACGACUGAGAGUCAAAGGGACUGGGGAAAGGGUAUGGCUUGUGUGGGGCGUACUAAAGAAUGCACAAUUGUCCCUUCAAACCACUAUGGACCAAUACCUGGAGUUCCUGUUGGAACCACCUGGAAAUUCAGAGUUCAGGUGAGCGAGGCAGGUGUUCACAGGCCACAUGUCGGUGGUAUCCAUGGACGCAGCAACGAUGGCUCCUAUUCGCUGGUGUUGGCCGGGGGCUUUGAGGAUGAAGUGGACCGGGGCGAUGAGUUCACCUACACAGGCAGCGGGGGGCGUGACCUCUCGGGAAACAAACGAAUCGGAGAGCACUCAUUUGACCAGACCCUGACACACAUGAACAGGGCAUUGGCCUCAAACUGCGACGCACCUCUGAAUGACAAAGACGGGGCAGAGUCGAGGAACUGGCGGGCGGGGAAGCCGGUGAGGGUCGUGCGCAGCUCCAAAGGUCGACGCAUCAGCAAAUACGCCCCAGAGGAAGGAAACCGCUAUGACGGUAUUUACAAGGUGGUAAAGUACUGGCCAGAGAUUGGAAAGUGCGGUUACUUGGUGUGGCGGUACCUGCUGAGACGGGAUGACCUGGAACCAGCACCGUGGACGCCUGAAGGACUAGAGAGGAUCAAGAAACUGGGCCUCGCUGUUCAGUACCCGCCGGGCUACUUGGCGGCCAUGGCUAACAAAACAAAGAAGGAGGCCUGUGCCAGACCUGGUCGCGGCGGCCGGGGUAAGCACCAUCCCGGCAGGGGGAGGCCACGGAGACAACGCAAGAUCAAGGAGAAAGAGGAGUUCGAUGAGGAAGACGAGGACAUGGAGCCGAUGGCCUGUGUGGAAGAGGAGGAGAUGCAAAGUAACGGAGAGGAGAUGACCACCAGAGAAAGUGAGUCGUCACCAGCAGCAGAGCCUCCGUCUAAACGUGUGAAGAUGGAGGAGACCUUCCAGCUGUCAGAGCAGCAGCAGCAGUUGAUCCGAGAGGACACAGCCAACAAGAAACUCUGGGAUGAAGCCAUGGAAAACCUCAAAGAGGGGCCGAAUUUCCUGCGCAAGAUGGAGCAGAUCUUCAUGUGCGUGUGCUGCCAGGAGCUGGCCUACCAACCCAUCACCACCGCCUGCUCACACAACGUUUGCAAGACUUGUCUCCAGCGGUCGUUUCGAGCGCAGGUGUACACCUGCCCCGCCUGCCGCCACGACCUGGGCAAGGACUACGCCAUGACCCAAAACAAGAUGCUCCAGAUGCUGCUCGACCAGUUCUUUCCCGGCUACAGCAAGGGCCGAUGAGGUCGAAAUAAAAACCCAUUUAUACGUAGAACACGUACAUAAACGCACAUAAGCAGCCGUUCUGUGCACCCGUGUAUACCGUCAAGUACCUAGAGCUCCACUUUAAAAAGCAUCGCGCACACUUACCGUACUUACCAACGGGCAAAUGUAUAUUGCAUAUACAACCAUUUAUUGUAUACAAUCAUUCAUACACAAACAACCUCAGUAGGGACUGACCUCAUCUGUUGAACUUGGACUGUCUCCAUUAACUUCACCAGCCUGAAAUUCAACCAAGGACAUUUUUAAACCUCCCUACUCCUGCCACAAAAACGCACAAACAAAAGCAGCCCCGACUCUCGCACCCACUCAUCAUCUGAAUCUCUCGGCUCAUUUUACAGUUUUUUCGUCCGCUGGUUCCGUGAAUGAACUGCACGUUGUUAGAGUGCGUACUUCUCCCCAGCAAUAUCAUGAAGUCGGCCAUUAGGUCCCUGCCAACCUGUUUGCAUUUUGUGUACCACGUUAUGGAGCUUCACACCAAAAUGAGUGUUGUUCUCAGGUGGGAAAUAAAGGAGGGAGGUUAAUAGAGUGAUAUAAUGGUAAUUGUCACAACGUUGAAACGAUCAUACGAUAGAAUCUCUGUUCAUUUAUAUACGAGACAAAGCACACAAUCUUUCCUGACCUUGGAGCACUUUAUUACCGUUUUGUAGGUUAAUCAGGAGCAUUUGUUAGCGUCCCGCUAGCUUCUCGUGUCACUUGGAACGAUGCCACUGCCAUGCUCCGAGCUAAUAAGAUUAGUAAAUGUCUCACCACGCUGGGUGAACUUUCAGAGCAGAAAUUGGCAGCUGUGUCCGGUUUGUUUUGAGCGUCGGAUGAUUUCUGGCUCCGUUAGAACCACGACUUUGUGAAAUACUUUGUGAGUCCCCCCCCCAAAAAAUGAUGAAAGCUCUGUCCUUAGAUUUAAUGUGGAGUGAAAACAAGGCAAACACACCAAAGACAUGAGGCUGAGAACAGAUCCGGCGUAAAAACAAAAAUCAAUUUCUGAAAAAGUAAUCACUCCUAAAAAAUAAAAUGCAUGUUACACAAAUUAUAAUCUUUUCUUUAGCAUGGCACUUUUUCUUUCCACUUCCAUGCAGCUGAAAUAAAAGGACAAGAUAAACGAGCACACACGUCUGGAUCUCCACCAUAAGCACUUUUGAAACCUCUAACACUGUAUAAAUAUUUUAUUCAUCCAUAAAUGAAGUUCUCACAUACUUGAAAUCUACUAAAUCGUCCUCGAGCAUUACCUGAGUAUUUCCUGCUAUUUCCUUCCGUCGACCAGAUCUAAAUGCGCAUUAAAGAUUUACAUGAGAUCACAAAAAGAUUUGGUUCUCUGAAAUGCUCGUGAAGUGUGACAUGCGCUGCUUUGCACAUCGAUUUCAAACACGCCGUGGUCGUCCCUGGUGUUACCAAGCAACCGCAAUCAAUCAGGACUCCACACAAAGACGUUUGGCAUAGAUAUUAAUCUGCCGUUGUUCUUCCUGUUAGAGCUCUGGGUGUUCGCCCUGAUCUGCUUCUCCUCCAUUCAGGAAAAAAAAAUUAAUCCAGUGAGUGAUUGCACAACCAGGAUGAGGAGAGUUAGGUCCAGGGAGCGGACGUGCAGCUGUCUCACUUUGUCAUGAUUGACUCUGAAAAACAAGGCCACUGAUUUCUGUGGCCUCACAAAGAGCUUUUUAAUACGAUGGACCCGCACCAUCAGAGGCUCAGGGGCGCUGCUGAAUCGUGCAAUCGCUCACCCACGUACAGUAAAUGAAGCCCCAGAGUUUCUUUAAGUUGUUAAUCUGUUCCAUAAUCAGGAAUUUACUGAUUUAGAAUUAUACUUCUGCAGGUUUUCAACAGUGCUUAUGUGAAAGUUCACUGGUGCAUGUGUUGUAUUAAUACGUUAUGGAAUGUUUCAAUAGGUGGCGUGUCUCAUUACACUUUAAUACAACAAAACGCGUUUAAGUGCAAGGUAAAGCAAAUUUUUUGUCUUCCCCAUAGUCAGAACUACUGGAUUUACUUUGGUUAUUCUGGAUAAUGUCCAUGUGGCUUCAUUGCGUAACCGAGAAACUAAUUUGCUUCCCCGGGUGUCACGGCUAAUCUACCACUGUAUACGGGAUGUGAGCUUUCCUCAGGUGGAGGCGAAUAAAAGAGACAAGCGCUUGAACAAUAUUUAUCCCCCAAAUCCCAGUUUUAGUUUUUCAAAUAUUCAAAAUGUUUCCAAAUGUUCAAUUCCAGGUCUUAAUUGCAAUUGGUAUUUGCUUCUAGAUUGUAUUUGUUUACUUCUCUAAUACUAGACUAGGGGAUAAAAACAACAUUACACUUCUCAUUGCAUUGCACAUCAAAUGACAGAGUUUUAUUCCAGCUGCAUCGUUCCUAUGAAUAAACCCCGUGGCUCUUAAAGCCAUGCUAAGCAAACCUAACAAGAAGUCUGUCAUUAAGAUGAUAACUCAGAAGGCCAUAGGCCAAUAAAGACGUGUUCUACCCUGUAGCUGCCGGCUCUUAUUACACUCAGUGUAAAUACUAAACUAAACAUUAAUUCAAGACUCAACAUGGCGAUUGAAGAAUCCUAAAAUAACAAGGAAAAAUUACGAUACUUAAGUGAACAGAUUUUUUUUAUCCACCUCUGAAAGACUUUAAUUCUCUGUCAAGUCUGAACAGAGUUAAAGAUUAUUUCUUGUUUGAUUAUAAGCAACUAAAAUCCUGUUUUUUAUUACAGACCUUUACUUAUCGGUUGUUAUCCAGUGGAUUCAGCCUCCAGCAGUGUAAAUUGUCCCUCCAUGACUUUUUAAUGCACUUAUUGCCCUCUUUUAAUGGCUAUGUAACAAUACCUCCACCUAGUAAUGCUUGUAUUAUUCAGCUUGUCAGAGUAAAAAAAAAGUUUUAUUUUAAGCAGCGAACAGAUUUAAAUUUUCCCAGUACUGAAGUGGUACUUCAAAAUGUCCAGGGUUGGCAGGCCUGAUGGGAACUAAAACAAAACCAUUCCAUGGAGAGCACGCAGCCAGCAGCAGAGCCUCGCCGCUGACCUGAGAUCUGCACAGAUCGCAGAGGCUCAGAUAAAAUAUUCAAAAUAUUUUCCAAGUGUGAAUUAUUUUUGUUAGAAAGCGUCGCCCCCUCGUUCACCGACACCAUCACGUUCACCUGUAACAGCCUUCAAGGUAAAGCCAUGUUUUCUGCCGAGCUGAGACGACGCGUCGAAGCUGUUUGUUAGUGGUGACGUCCUCGUUUCCGUUCAACCAUUCAGGAUCUUUCUUUGUUUUCAACAUGCAAGUACAAUAUGCUAUAUGGUCUUUAAAGCUAACUGUGAUGUGCAUUUCUUCCACUGUUGCUUAGUCUUGUUCGAAAGAUUAUUUUCUUCCUGGCAAAGCGAAUCUCCCUCCUUUCUUUCUCCGCUGUGACCUUCGCUCCCUCUCCUCUCCCCCGCUGUCUCCUGCUCUCCGUGAACCUACAGUACUAACGAUUUUUAGACGUCUUGUGGACGCUUGGCUUCAGUGCUGUGUUGUUUCUUUUUUUUCAUUUUCUAUCGCACUCUGUUGAAGAAAAACUCAUUUUCUUAGAAUGCUUAGUAUUAUCUAUGUCCGUACGCCAUUUUUCUACCAUUUUAGUUGCUUCUCUAUUUCUUAUUUUAAUCAUUAGACAUUUUUUUAUGUGGCAACCUCGAGCAUUGCAGCGUAUGCCGGUCUGAGGAGUUCCAUUGCUUCAUAUUGUGAUCUGAAAUUUUAUACAUGUCAUAAUAAUACUUGAUAUGUACCUAUUAAAUAUUUGGAUUCCAGAAAAAAAAA